AUGGUGGAGGGUCAGGUUUAUGAGUUCAUACGUUUUGAAGUUCAUGAUGGCCACACGGCUUUCUUCUGGGUGGAUGAUUGGCUACAAGUAGGGAAGUUAAUAGAUAUCACUGGCCCAAUUGGCACAUGCCAUUUGAGAAUUGAUCGCCAUGCAAGGGUGCGGGAUGCAGCCGGGAAUUCAAGUUGGAACAUCCGUGGCCACAGGAGUCGCUACUUUCAAGAACUUAUUGAUCGCAUCCAAACUGUACAACUACCUCAUGAAACUCUCGGACACGACGUCGCGCUGUGGAAGCACUCCGAUGAUAAUUAUAAGCCUUACUUCUCAGCAUCAAGCACUUGGGAGCAGGGAGUUCCACGCUUCUCGUUUAUAUUGUGGCUUGCGGUAAAGAAUAGAUUGUCCACGGGUGAUAGAAUGAGAGUUUGGGGCAUCCAACAAGGUUGUGUAUUAUGUGGUGAGAGGGAUGAAACCCGUGAUCAUCUUUUCUUCGCAUGUCCUUAUUCUUUCACAGUGUGGGACAAGCUGGUGAACAGGUUGACUGGAAAUGGCACAGAUCCAGACUGGAUGGGUUUCACAUACAUGUCUUCAGAUGUGUCGAAAUGGGAUUAUGCUAAUCCUCCUCAGACUGCUGCUAUAGUGAUGGUCGUAUCGGACUUUGUGGAUUCGAUUUCACAUUGUCUUGUCCGCCUACUACAAGAGAAUAAUUACAACCUUUUUCUUGCCAUUUCAUCUAGGCCUUCCAAAAUGUCAUUCCUGCUCACUUCUGCCGAGUGGCUCUGGGAAAGCUUACUUGCAGCAGGUUCAGAGAAAAGAAGAAUACUUCUUCAGAAGUGUAGCAGUAAAAGUGAAAGUGGUGAACCCACCGCAACGUUGUAUUGCAAAUUGUGCCACUUUGGUACCAAAAGCAUUGAUAUUUUCAGGACGCAUCUCUCAACUGAUGAAAAACAUGCAGAAGAAGAGAAGAGACUUCCUGCGUCUCGUAAAUCUAAUAUUCAGGGCCAGAGGCGAUUUCGAGUAGCUGAGUACGAUCGACAUCAUUUGCCAGAGGUGAAAAAUGAUCGAAAAACCAAACGUAUGAAGAAGAAAGCAAAUUCGGACGGGUUUUGGACUUCUUGA